AUGCAAGUAAUCAAAAAGCUUUCAGUCAUGCCAUUACACAUAGCGAGUUCAGAUUCAAGUCCUGUCCAUGAUACCACAAAACUUUCGGCACGAUUGGUUGUCUCUGCGAACCCACACCCGCCCAGCUCUUUUGUUUUUCCUAGGUCUCGCACAACCAAAACUGUCGAAACUCGUGCAUCACAAAUCAGCGCCAAGUCUACACGCGCAUUUGCUGUCAAAGGUGUGCGCCGCAGCAUUGUCUCGCCCUCUUCUAGGCCAGCCUCGCAAUACCUGCGCGCGAACCCGUCAUCAGGCGCAUACAAAGAUGUCGACAAGGUCCUCGAGCAUGUCAUCGAAGUAAACCCCCUUGAUGAGGGCGAGGUGAACAGCAAGGAGUCUGACGGCUCGGACGUGUUCAAAUCUUCUGCCUCGAAGGACUUCAUGCCCUCGCUUUGCGUCUCUUCGAUGAAGCCAGAGCUCGCUCCUCCCGAGUGGGUCGGCGAAACGUCCACUAUUGAAGAGUCGCAUUUCGCCAUCCACUCUAACGCUCCUGAGCUGUCCCACAAUGACUCCAACCCGGCCACUUCCAACGACACCGCUCGCUUGAGGGCUAUCAGUACCCCUGCCGUUCUUGCCAGCUCAUCGCAUUGCGAGAAACACAGCCAUGGCGAGUCCAGCGACAAAGAACAAGACACUACCGUCAUCCUCGAAGAUGGAGAUGUCACCCCUCUUGAGCUCAUUAACAAGGCUACUCACCUCAAGAAAGCCGAGCUCGGUCCCGGCCUGGUCAACGACAUCGAUGUCUUAAUCGCUCUGGCCACCAAGCUCGGUCUCAAGAGCGUAUCGACUUCCAAGAAUGACGUUCCCGAAGCCGUGACUAUGUUCUCACUGGACAACUCACCCUCGCUCUUCAUCCCGCUCGCCGGUCUCACCAGUGUCUCCACCACCACCACCAAGAAGGGUUUGGCAACUCUGCUCGCCAUGAUGCCUGCCCUUGAGGUCAUCAAUAUUACGACCGCAAUGGGUCACGAGGACAAUGACUACAGUCUCGACGCCGCUUUUGAGGUCGCCUCUCGUCUGGCCGGCCUGCAGGAAUUCGUGCUGACUAUAGCUACGGGAGAGCAGAUCACUGGCGGCGAAGUGCUGACUCUUGAUGACAAGCUCAGCUUCCUGACAAUCAAAACUCCUAGCCGUUCAAAGAACGCCGAGUGGUAUCUAGCGAGAGGGCUCAGAUCCACGAAUCUUGAUCAAAGCGGCCAAACUGUAUCGAGCAAUACUCCCAUACAUCACCCUGCAGCACUCCGCCUUGACCAGGCCAUCGCUUUAAGACCCUUGCAAGAUCCUUUGUUUCUUGAAUUGGCAGCAUGCAGAAGUCCUACCGGCAUACAACAACCAAAGGAGCACUCGCUGCUUGAGAACGCAUGGAGAAUUCCCGCUGGGGACGAGCUGACAUACGUCACCCGCGCUCUUGACUACAUCCGAAACGAACGACCCGAUAUCGCUGAAGUGCUGGAGGAUGACCCUGAGUUGGCGCCUGGGAAGUUGAUACAAGCCAUCAAGAGAUCUCUACUGAUACAAAGGGAGGGAGAUGCAGCCAUGCAGAUAGUCCGCGAUGAGGUCGGGGAUCUUGCUGCCCAAGAUUGGUCGGUCAGACCAGAAGACUGUGAUCGAGUCAAGGAGCUGCUGAAGAUUGCAAAGGAGAAGGUCUUUGCAAAGUACGCUACUGAUGAUACAAGGGUGAAGACGGAGAAGAUGUGGCCAUUCAGUUGA